AUGUAUUCUGCGCAAAAUAACGCGCGAUAUUCCUCGACAGAGUCUUCAGGUGAAGACGAAGACUUUCUAUAUCCCUUAACCAACGUUAAUUCGGAAGAUAUUUCAAACGUGAAUCCUCGCAAAAGAAGACGAAAGGAAAGAAAUCCUAAAGAAAGUUCUGCUUUGGGUAUUUUCGGUAGCGAUAGCGAGGAUGCAGAACCAUCAAAGAGAUGGAAAAACAAGAUGAAUCUAAGAAGAAAAGGAGUUAAUUUCGUCCAAACAACCAACAUAAACGAUGCUGACGAACAAAGAGACCACGAAGACUCUGACAUUAACGCAACUGAUAUUGAAAAGAGGCAUGCAUCAUUAUCGCUUGGGCCAGGAUUGGGUCUAGGCCAUAAUUCUGAUGAAUGGUUCAAUAAUUCCGAUAAUUUAAAUCUAUCCAACCUGUCUAAAGAUAGGUUCACUUUAUCUACAUCUGAUACUGUUCAUGUCAGGCAAAAAAUGAUGGCUUCAACUAAAGCUAGUCCUAGUGCCUUUUCUACCAAUACCUCAAAAGGUGGAUCACAUAUCACGAACGCGCAAACAAGAAUUAACAAAAGUUCAUUUGCUGCAAGAAUGAUGGAAAAGAUGGGAUAUAAAGAAGGCCAAGGGCUUGGAAAAGAAGGGCAGGGUCGGAAUCGCAUAAUUGAAGUAACAAUCCGGCCGCAAGGUGCUGGUCUCGGUGCUGUCAAGGAAAAGUCAAACCAAGAGAUUUUGGAGGAAAAACGACAAGCAAACGUUAGGGGAGAAUCGUGUGUCGAGACAAAUGACGAACAAUUUAAUGCAUCAAACGAUUUGAAAGCAACAACCCAACUCUACAGAAACGAAAAUAAACCAAGCUCAUCUAGAAAAAAUCUUGGCCCUAAGUUUUUGACCUUGGAUGAGGUACAAAAAGCGGCACCUGGGCUGAUAAUUCCAGAAUCUCUAGUCACAAUCCUCGAUAUGACUGUACCAGGUACGAAGUUGUUAUCUUCCACUUCCGGUAUUUUGACGGAUAGUUUGAAGACACAUAGGAACGAGAAUUCAGAAACUUUGGAACAAGUCGAGGUGAGAAAAAUACUACGUCGCGCACAGUACGAUCUAUCUGCCUAUGUAGAGGAGUGGAAGAAUUUACAAGAUCGUAAAGCCUAUGUGCAGAUGACCAUAGCCCAGCAGCAGCAAGAAAUUGAGCAGGGACUACAGCAAAUUUCUCAACUAAAAUUUUUAGCGGAAAAAUCUCAGCAAAUCUCUCAAGCCAUGAAUAAUAUUGAACUUGAUUCUGUAAUCGAGUUGCUCGAAAACGCCGAAUUUUCAAAAAAUAGCCAAACGUCAACAGAGAAAGAGGAGCUAUUAGAGGUAACAGUUGCUGUAAUUCAUCCAUAUCUUCGUCGUGCAGCAGACAAUUGGAAACCUCUCGAGGAUCCAACACUUGGAGGGAUAGUUUCACGACUAGCUAAGAUUCGAGAAAUUCUUGGCACAGUGUCUAACGAAGAUGACCCAGUUUGCCUUCAAAACUAUACAAUAAGCAACAAAAAUAAUAUUACGUAUUCAAAGAAAAGUACUGUGCAUGAAAGUAUGAUGUACAAGAUAAUAUUUCCAAAGAUUAUUUCUGCUAUCAAUAGCGAAUGGGAUGUAUACGAUUCAACAACUCUUCAGUCUCUAAUUGAAGUAUGGAAAGAUCUUCUUCCUUCUUUUGUACGAAAACAAAUUUUUGACCAGGCUAUCAUUGGGAAACUUAAUGUAGCCUUGUCAAGUUGGAACCCUAAGAAAAAAACUCACAAACUUCCACAUCUUUGGUUGUUCCCCUGGCUUCCCUACUUACCAGUACAUCAUUCUGACCCAAAAAGCUCAACAGGCUUAGUAAAUGAUGUUUGGCGAAAACUACGUCGAUCUAUUGAUUCUUGGGAUUUUCGUAAAGGAAUACUGCCUGGUCUUGAACAGUGGCGUGAGGUAUUCUUUACAAAUGACAAAAAUGAUAAUUGGACUUUUCUUAUCGUCAAUCAUGUUUUACCAAGUAUGUCGAGGUUUCUGGGAAACGAGAAAAAUUUUAUCGUCGAUCCUAACGACCAAUCACCAUACAUGACAAGCCUCCAGGGAGUCUUUGCCUGGCAGAAAAUCAUUAAAUCGAAGACGCUUGCUCAGAUUUUUGCAGACACCAUUUUUCCUCUGUGGCAUAGAGUACUCUAUCGAUGGCUCACGCUUGUUGGUCCUAACGAAGAAAUUGGCCAAUGGUUUGAGUGGUGGAGAGAUGACGUAUUUCCAGAAGGAAUUAAAACCCAAAAAUCCAUUCAGGACGAAUUUAAUAAGGGCCAUAAUAUGAUUACCCAAGCUCUCGAUCUUGGUACCGAAGUAGCCGCACGUCUACCCGCCCCAUCAUUGAAGAUACCAUUUGCAAUUGUGCCACCGACAAUUUCGACCAUCAAUCAUCAAAAGUCACAACAGAUUUCAUUUCGACAAAUAGUUGAAGACUGGUGUGCUGAAAAUGACUUACAAUUUUUGCCUGAAAAGAAAGCACUUCACUCUUCUGGACCACUCCAUCGUAUAACGGCAGCAAGAAACGGGAAAAAUGGUGUCUUAGUUUUCUUGAAAGGUGAUUUAGUCUACGCUAUCUCGAAAAGGGAAUCAAGAAAUAUAGAAAUAAAAAUUGAUUGGGAAUGCACUGAAGCCAAGGACAUUCUACUAGGCCUAGCUUGGCAUAACGUCAAAUCUACCGGAUGA